GAAAUGGAGACAGAUAGAGGAACGGUUGGAAUAUGCGCUUUAAUGACAUGCGGGCAAACGGAAAGAGAAUCUCUUGAAUUCUGGGAGAAGAACUCGAAUCAUCUGCAGUUGGGAGAAACAAGCUGCCACACGGGUGGAGAAAGACCCAACGAAGAUCCAUCUCGCGAAAUUUGUUGUUCAAGAGCGAAUAGCUACGGGGGUGAGAAACGUGAUCGUACACUGAACAUGCAAGAUUUUGAACUAUUAACGUGCAAUUCAUGGAAAGCGUAUCGAAAAGUGGGUCUUAAUAAGUCCCCAGACCAGUCUCUUCUUGGUGCUCCUGGACGGACACCUACUGCCGAUUUUGAACUAGACGAUCAGCAACGCACAUGUUUGCGAUUUUUGAAUUUCAAAUAGAAGUUUUUUGCUUUU